ACGUGACGGUCCUCCUCCGUUUUUAAAGCGCGCCGCGCGCGCGUGAGCGUUCACUUCGUACAGUAUUAUCAUCGAGAGCUCACCCUCAUGAAUAUCUCUCAAAGCGGCGCGGUCCUCGGCACGGUGCUGCCUCUCACUAGUUUCGAGAACGUCCUUUUGUUCCUCUUCAAUAUAACUCUCGCCACCGCCAUCAUUUUUAUCAAUGUGUCGGUGUUCAUCGCCAUCGUGAUGAACCGAUCCCUGCGGAACGAGAACCGCUUCAUGUACAUGCUCAGCACGUGCCUCAGCGACGUCGGCACGGGCGUCACUUAUUAUUACGCGGGAGUUAUGGACGUGCGCGAUUAUUACGACUCCCCGACUCGCACUUACUACAUCGCUUACAUUUUUCUGGGUCUGUCCUAUAUAGCGAUUCUGGUCGCCCAGGUGGACCGCUACCACGCGGUUUCCGCGCCUUUCAGAUACUCGACGCGCAUGACGCGCAGCAGGACUCUGCUGGUGAUUCUGGGAUACUGGGUUUAUUCUUUCUUCAUAGUGGCUGUUAACAACUCGGUGCCUAUAGGGGUUGCUAUAAGAGUGACUUUCCUAGCUGCUUUCGUGGGGAACCUUUUCGCCGUCGUUGUCAUGAUCGGGCUGAACGUCAAACUGUUCCUCAUCGCCAGGUUCCAGCUUGGGCGCGAGGCCCCGAGCGAGGAGCGCGACAGCAAGCGCGCGUCCAUUUACCUCAUCGUAAUAGUGGCCGUGUGUUUUCUGAUCGCCUGGCUGCCCCUUUUCCUCUCUGUCAUUGUGUGUAACUUUGCGGGGACUUCGUGCUAUUCGUUCAGAAACGAGGGAACCGACCCUCUGCGCGUUUUGGCGCGUCUCAACGCGCUCGUCACUCCUUUGCUGUACAUCAGAGGAUGCGCUCCGCUCAGGAGCACCGUCGUGAUUAAAGUCUGGAGAAUACCGCGCCGCGAGAUGAAAGGGUAAACGUGUCGCGCACGCACACUGAAAAUAGAAACGUGUAAGAAACGCUAUUUCUAUAGCAAACAGCUUUACGUGUAUAUUGAUAUACGAAACCCUUACGCAAUGAUAAACGAGCCACGGAAGUCGUGAAAUCUUCACUGUUUUAUCACUAUAUUGAAACAUAAGGCAGGCCUUUGUUGGUUUUGCCCAGUAAAAUCAUCUUUUUUCCACGCACACAUCCAUUUUCCAACUUCUGAAGGGUCACAGGGCCUUUUCCAGCAUCUGAACGGAUCACACACACACACACACACACACACACACACCGACCCUGCAGGCCAUUUUGUGUCCAGCUCACCUGCCGCAUGUCUUUUGCAUUUCCUGUUAUGUGGGACAUAUUAUGGCAAAAGCUGUUUUAUCUUUCCUUAGAGUGAAGCCGCAGAACACGGAGAAGACUUUAGACGAGACGUAGCAGGGAUCUUCAGGGAUCUUCAGGAGUUUCUGACUGGAUCCUUAUUGCAGUCACUGAUAUAUAUUUUAGCACGUUAUAGGGUCCACAGCAAUUCUAUUAACCCUAAUUUAUGCAGUGUGCGGCUUUUUAUUUCUUAUACAGUCAUGCUGGAAGAUAUAUUUCAGGACGAUGGUCCCCGGGAUCCAAUAGGGUCAAAGGGUUUAGGGAAGACAAGGAAUUAUUUUCACACGUGGCCAAAGUUAAUUUUUUGACUCUCCCAUUGUCAAUACAAGAUCUUAAUGCGAUUAAAUAUGAAUGCACCUGUUAAUAGAAAUACAUUCUGCAACGUUGCAUGAGAUAGUGCCACAAAAUAAAAUUCAGUGCCACUGAAACAAAAUACGCAGCAGCGUUUUUCUUUAAUAUUUAAAGCUAAACUCUAUGAGCAGUUUCGCGUCUGUGCUUUUCUUGUAAUAGCAUUUGAUAGGGCAAAUGCAUUAUUGCUUAUGUGUCUUUCUUAACAAUUAUUGAAAUUAUA